UUGAUCAGCAAGAAAAUGGCUGUAGUAAAUCCAUCCUUCCAUCUCAUCAUCUCUGUCCUUGUUCUGGCCUCAGUUGGUGAGAUGGUCCAAGCGGGCGAUGCAGCGACGUUGGCCAAGAGAUGCCAAGAUGGCCUAGGUGCGUGCGGCGAAAGACUGUGCGAUAAUCCGUGCUGCGUCCGGCGAUGCGUCGCCAAAUAUCCAGACCUAAACCCUAAGGCAUUUUGUUCCUCAUCAAUUGGAGCACAACGUCUGUGCUUGUGCGAGUAUAAUUGUUAACCCAUUUAAUCUCUUACUUUUCUUCCUCCCAAAAUAUUAUGAUUAAUGCUAUCAUAAACUUGCAAUAG